AUGGCCUGCUAUCGCUUCGCUUGUUCCGACAUGACGUUCCGGCUUCAAUCGAAUCUGCUUGCAUGGCGAGAGCUUUUCCGUAGAGUCGAAGCGCGAGAAUUGGAGGUAGAGAAUGAGAUGGCGGCCUUGAACCCCUCGCAAAGGGAUCAUAAACUCGGAGAGUGCGAAUGCUUCGAAAGCUCCUCAGACUCCCCGCAUGCUGCGCCUAAAGCCGGUGAUAGACUGUUGGUCGGCCCACGUUCAUCGACAUGGCUCGAGAACUGGGGCGAAAUGCAUACAGAAAGCUGCGGCGUAGAGUCCAGGCAUUGCGGCGACUCACGACCGGAUCGAGUGGCUGACUCAGAAGGCGCGGCGCGAAUGCCAGAAACGGUUCGGAGACUGUACCAAGCAGCUCUUUUCGUCGGCUCAUAUGCUUCGUGCGGGCCAGGCGCGCUCAGGAGUAUGAACUUGAUAGGAGGUCCGAGAAGGGAGUCUCAGAACAUGGCUAGGCCGGUACAGCGGAGUGCCCGUACGCCACGAUCUAAGCCGGCAGUAAGCUGUUCAUGCGUCCAGAUUCCUCGUGCUUGCCAGACGCCUUCAAGAAAAGAGUCUAUGAGCGCAGCCAGGCCAUUUCAUCGGAGCGCCGCGUUACGAUUUAAGCCGACUGUACUUCGUUCAUCGGCUGGCAUUCAUAUGCUGCCUGAGGUUCGAGAAGGGAGUUCACAGGCGCAGCCAGGCUUAACCGUGACGGAAAUCUGCGCAGGGAAGCGACUUGAGAGCACUGAUUGA